CUGUCCGUUUCAAAUAAACACGUGCGCCUGGUGGACGUGUUUUUGUUUAGGGAGUAGCUUAACAUUUAUUUCGUUAACUAUGGAAGCAACAGAAGUGACGCCGUCUAACAAUACGGAGACAGCAACCGUUACCAAUGAGGUAACAGUGACAGCAGUGGCCUCAAAUGCAAACAUCGCCACAGAAACUGUGCAAGCAACAGCUAUCGAAGUGAGUGCCGAAAAUGAUUCAACAACAGUUGUUAGUGAAGCAAGCCCAAAAAAAGCGACUGCAAGUGUGCACAAAGAGAAUGAAACAGCGACAACAACCAAUCAGGAGCAAGGCCAAACGCAAAAAGAUUGUGCUUCACCUGCAGAGACAGCAGAGGCAACCCCAGUGGAAGCAGAGCUGAACAGUGGAGAAGAAGAAGAAGAAAUGUCAACGUCGGUAACAUCAGCAGAAACAGAGCGGACUAUCGAGCCAGUAAAAUCAACUCCUCAAGACGAGAUCAGCCCCGAUGCUGCAAAUUCUCAAAUGGAAGUGAAAAACUGCUCGUCGGCAGUCAGUGUCAAUCGAACAGUGGAACAAGAAACUGACAGCAAUGCAGUGGUUGAACCAGAAGUAAACCACCAGGCAAUAGCUGCUAGUUCUCAAGGAGAACUUGUCGCUGCUGUGAGUGCAAUGGACUGCGAACCGUCGCCAACAAAUGAAGGUUUAACUGCAUCAGCGAAACAAACAAAUGGCUUAAGUUUACUCUCUGGCUAUGGCUCUGAUAUGGACUCAGACGUGGAAGAGCCACAACCAAUAGCAGACAGCGACAAUGAUGAUAUUGUGGAAGUACCAAUAACAGGACCCUCCAGCAUGCGUCGUCAAGCUGUCGCCGUCAGCUCGAGCAGCGAGACCAGUAGUGAAUCAGACUCCGAUUCAGAGGCAGAAUAUCUUACAGUAUUGCGCAAGAAAAUAGACAAACGCAUAAAUACCGAUGAUUGUGAUGACGAUGACGAUGAUGAUCUGGAAGAUGAUUCGAAGCCCCGCCGUCGACAGCCGCCGAGAGUGCGGGGCGAGAUGCUGCUGGAUGACCUACCUCCAAUUGAACAGCUUGAGAUAACCGUUCCCGAGGACGAAUGCAUUGAGCUGGGCAAAGUGCAAUCUAUAGUGGAUCAAUUAGUUUUAGUCAGUGUCCUGCCCAACUCUAUGUUGUUCGAUUUGGACACUGUGCUCUUUCUAGAAAAGGGACGCAAGGUACUUGGCCAGGUCUUCGAUGUGCUCGGCCAGGUGGCCGAUCCACUUUACUGCGUUCGCUUCAAUUCCAAUCAGCAGAUCAAAGAGCGCAACAUCAACGUUGGCGACAUUGUCUACUGUGCCCCACAAACAGAGCACACACAAUUCGUUAUACUGUCCAAACUGAUGCAGGUGCGCGGCUCGGAUGCAUCGUGGGAGCACGAUGUGGAACCACCAGCGCGCUUCAUCGAUUACUCUGACGAUGAGGCGGAGCGCGAAGCGCGUUGGGAGCUGCGCAAGAAGCGUCAACGUGAACGCACCGAUUCCACCGACUCUACGGAGACGGUGACUACGGCGACAACAUCGAAGACAGAAGCUAGCGAGGCAGCGCCUCGACAGCGGGGUCGACGCGAUCAACGCCAGUCGCAGAACUAUUCCCUUGGCAAUCAGCAGCAGCAGCAGCGCCAGCACAAUCAAUCUCGCUCGCAGUCGAGAGACUCGGAGUACAACUAUCAUCCCAGCUACAAUCCAGGCAGCUGGCAUUCGAAUUACUAUCACAAUUAUCAUCCACCUGCGGCCAAUUUCAAUAUGAUUCCCGGCAUGGGAUUCCCCAUGCCCACGCAUGGCUAUGGCUAUAUGCAGGGACCACCGCUGCCACCACCACCUCCGCCACAACAUCCCUAUGGCAUGCCCAUGGGUAUGCCACCUCACAUGUAUCCACCGCAUCCUUCGCCCUAUGGACCACCGCCUCAUCCGCCACCCAAUUAAACAUCAAAUCGCUUUUAUUCACUUUAUUCCAAUAAAAAAAUUUGUUUAAAAAUUGU